CCGGAAGCGGAAGUGGGUCCUCCAGCCUCUCGGGGUGUCGCCAUAAUCGCGCGGGUGGUCGCCGUCACCCGGAGAUCGCGUUCUGUCUGCCCCCUUUCCUGAGCCGCCGCAGGUGCUUCCACGCCCCCUGAGGGGGGGCCGGGAGAGCGGGAGCCGCGGCGCAGGAUGAGCACCAUGUUCGCCGACACGCUCCUCAUCGUUUUCAUCUCCGUGUGCACCGCGCUGCUGGCCGAGGGUAUAACUUGGGUGCUGGUUUACAGGACGGACAAGUAUAAGAGAUUAAAAGCUGAAGUGGAAAAGCAGAGCAAAAAGUUGGAAAAGAAGAAGGAAACAAUAACAGAAUCAGCUGGCCGUCAGCAAAAGAAGAAAAUAGAGAGGCAGGAGGAGAAACUGAAGAAUAAUAACAGGGAUCUGUCAAUGGUUCGAAUGAAAUCUAUGUUUGCAAUUGGCUUUUGUUUUACUGCCCUGAUGGGAAUGUUUAACUCCAUAUUUGAUGGUAGGGUGGUAGCAAAGCUUCCCUUCACUCCUCUUUCCUACAUCCAAGGAUUAUCUCAUCGAAAUCUGUUGGGGGAGGAUUAUACAGACUGUUCCUUCAUCUUCCUCUACAUCCUCUGUACCAUGUCUAUUAGACAGAACAUUCAGAAGAUGCUUGGCCUUGCUCCUUCUCGGGCUGCCACCAAGCAAGCAGGGGGCUUUCUGGGUCCCCCAACUCCAGCUGGAAAAUUCUCCUGAGACCAAGCCCAAAGCUUUUUCAUUCCUUUCCUACUUACUCAGACACUCAAACCAAACUGCUCCUCUUCCGUCCUGAGCAGCAGGCACCGUUAGCAGCAAAGGCCACUUCCCAGCUUUCUGAGCUAGUCUCAGGCUUCUGUACAUGAUUGGAAUGAGAACAGACAAGGUUAAUGAUUGUACUUGUCUGUCAGAGUUGAAAAUUUUAAAAUAUAUGUGUGUUGGUUAGAUAAGUUUAAGUGGUAUUUGUGUGGUUGAGAAACAAGGAAUCUUUCAUGUUAUGCUUGUCAUAUUCUAAGAGUAUUUUUGGUGUGGCCAGGUUAGAGUUCUGGGCUAGGCAUGAAGUCAUGGGGAGCUGAACUGAAAACAAUCAGUUAGAUCUAAGCACACUCAAAGAAAAAAUUUGGUUUAUGAAAAUUUUUUUUCCACAGCUAAAAUGUUAGGUGACUACCUAAUGAGAACCUAGUUUUGUGCCACUUCAUACAUAAGAUAAUCUUAUAGUCUAAUAAAUACACCUUGUUUUGGCAUGUUUAUGAAUGUAUGUCAUCUUUAAUAAUGAAAGCUUAAAACUGCAUAUAGUGGGAAUGGUGGUAUGAAAAAAAUAAAAGAAGUUGACUGGU